AUGCCUUUUUGCAAAUUGCCUCAUUGGAACAGGAAGGGUGAGCUACUGACAUGUACGACGAAACAAAAUUCGGAAUUGUACCAUGCUGUUCUUGGUGGUCUAGGACAAUUUGGCAUAAUCACAAGAGCAAGAAUUGCACUUGAAAAAGCCCCCCAAAGGGUGAGAUGGAUUCGAGUGUUGUACUCCAAUUUUACGGCUUUUACGCAAGACCAGGAGUAUCUAAUAUCCUUGCAUGGACAACCAGCCACGAAAAAGUUUGACUACGUCGAAGGUUUUGUUAUUGUUGAUGAAGGCCUUAUAAAUAAUUGGAGGUCCUCUUUUUUCUCCCCAAGCAACCCAGUCAAGAUUUCGUCUCUUAAUGCUGAUGGAGGUGUCUUGUAUUGCUUGGAAAUUACCAAGAAUUAUCAAGAAUCCAAUGCCAAUACCAUAGAUGAGGAAGUGGGGGCUCUUUUGAAGAAAUUAAAUUUUAUUCCAUCUUCGGAAUUCACGACCGAUCUUCCUUAUGUGGAUUUCUUGGACCGGGUUCAUAAGGCAGAGUUGAAGCUGCGGUCCAAGAACUUGUGGGAUGUGCCUCACCCAUGGCUGAACCUGUUUGUACCCAAAUCAAGAAUUGGUGACUUCGAUGAAGGAGUGUUCAAGGGCAUUUUGGGAGAUAAGACCAGCGGUCCAAUUCUAAUCUACCCCAUGAAUAAAAAUAAGUGGGAUGUAAAGAGCUCAGCAGUGACACCAGAAGAAGACAUAUUUUACUUGGUAGCGUUUCUGAGAUCUGCAUUGGACAAUGGGGACAAGACACAGACACUCAAUUAUUUGACAAGUCAAAAUAAUCAAAUCCUAAGAUUUUGCGGUGAUGCUGGGAUCAAAGCCAAACAAUACCUUCCUCAUUAUACCACACAGCAAGAAUGGAUGGACCAUUUUGGGGAUAAAUGGACCCUUUUUUCCAAAAGAAAAUUGGAAUUCGACCCCAAGCAUAUUUUAGCCACUGGCCAACGCAUUUUUAGACCUUUCUUCAAUCCUAGUGCACCAUUAUUGUGA